GGCGGAGGCGGAGGCUGCGCCUGCAGAGGCGGCGGCGGCGGAGGAGGCUGCGCCUGCAGAGGCGGCGGAGGCGGAGGCUGCGCCUGCAGAAGCGACGCCUGUAGAGGCGGCGACGGAGGAGGAGGCGACGGCGCCUGCAGAGGCGGCGGCGGCGGAGGAGGCUGCGCCGGCAGAGGCGGCGGAGGCGGAGGAGGCUGCGCCUGCAGAGGCGGCGGAGGCGGAGGAGGCUGCGCCUGCAGAGGCAGCAGAACCUGGCCCUGUGACAAGUGCGACGGCGGCCGAGCAGGCACCUGAGGUGAAGCCUGGUGCGGCGGAGGAGCUUCAGCCGGUGGAGGUGCAGGCUGCUGCUCAGCCCGAGGAGCCGGCAGGGGAGGCGGCGGCUGAGGCGGCCGAGUCCGAGCCGGCCGAGGCGGAGCAGCCAGUGGAGGCGGCAGAGGCGGGUGUUCCAAAGGAGGAGGAGCCUCCGGUGGAAGGAGCGGCGACGGAGGAGCUCAAGCCAGCGGCAGCGGAGGAUGAGGAGGAGGCGCAGCAGCCCUCAGUCGCAGCUGUGGAGCCAGCGCCUGUUGUGGUGGAGGAGCAGUCUGUCAUCGCCGCCGCAGGGGAGGAGCCCCAGGCGGUCGCAACCUCCUCCGCUGACAAGGAGGAGGAAGUGAAGGAGGAGGAGACGGCCUCUCCCGCUGUGGAAGACACGGUUUCGGCUGUUCUUGCUGAAACCGUUCCUGACGCAACCGCUGCUGAAGCCACCCCUGCUUCGCCGGAGCCGGCUGACGUCACUCCCGCUGCCACUACGAAGCCGGUGGGCGACGUGGGCAACAUUGUCGUACACAGCCUCAAGUGCUUGGUGGCGGACGGCAAGUCGUGGGCCGCGCAGCACGCGGGUUUUGUGUUGUACACGGGCGCGACUGCCAUUGCCGCGAGCUUCACCAUGGCCCUGGUGUCCGCAUUCCGCCGCAACUAGGAGGCUGGGUUAGGCUGAUGGUUAGGAUAUUAGGUGACUGUUUUGAUGUGGGUCGUCGUUGUUUACCUCCAUAGUUCGCUUGUUUGCAUGGUUAUGCGAUGUGUCUUUGGUUUUGCCUGUGUGAUUUGGACCCAAUAUGACUAUCCGUCGCUUAGUCUGAAUGUGUAUUCGGUUUGUCGCUUGGUUCCUUGAUGGUUUGGGACUCGCGUGCGUCUCCGGCUGCUGUUGAUGUGAUGUGCUUCCGCGCGCGCCGGCACAAGCGCGGUUUCAACUUGUGGAUAACAUAGCUUAUAGCCACAUAUAGCGAAAACGUGUUUAGGAGAAGAUACCUUGCUUCUAUGUAUGUGCGUGUGCUCACACACGAUUCAAUAGGCGGUACAGGAGCAGGGCAUUGCGACUUUGUCCUUGGUAGGUUCUUUGCGUGUACCUACAGGCUGUGGGUUCAUGCUGGCCGCUUUGCUUGACGCUGUUAUUUGGCGUACUUGCACGAGUGUCAGGAGGAGUGUCAGGAGGUCUUCCGGUUCAUCGGCCCAGAGCGCAUGCCGGCUACACAAGCGAUGCAUAACGGUGUUUGGGCUCGUCUGUAUCAGGGAGUGUGUGCGGUGCUUGUGUCGUGGUUCGCUCAGGUGGUAGCGGUAGUGUUGUUCCGUUUCGGGUACCGCUCAGCGGGUUAAUGCUCUGAUGUUGUUUGCGGGGGUAUGGCGUGUUUGUCCAACAGCAUAUAGGUACCCAAGUAGGAGGGCAGGAGGGACUGCGUGCGACCGAGCAGGCACACCCCAGUGCACGUGGGGCAUGUUUGUUGCACGGAUGAACGGCGAUCAGACGGACGGACGACGUCCUCCGUUGCGUUUAGGCGAGAAGUUCCAUUCCCACGGAGCACGUGGCUGGAUAGCAGAGUUUAGGCGAUCGGAGUAUGUGGUGUAUGCGACGGGCAUUUACACUUAGCUAUUGGCUUCUGUGUUGGGCUUAGGUGAAGGUGUUAGCGAUGACGUACAGGCGUGUUGGGGCAUGGAUUAAGGUGCCGAGAUAAGGAGAUGCCGCUUGCAGCGGACCUCUUGCCAAGUUGUGUGGAGUCUUGUAGGUUUCCGAUAAGGUCAUACCGGUAUGCUUAGGUGUCGUGUAGCAGUUAGCCUUAGUAGCUUGAGGGUGUGUAUGAUUCUGACAGCCACCGUCCAACUUCCCAUCCCUGAAAUCUUUUGUAACCAUCCCUGCUAAUGA